AUGACCGUGCGAUUGGAUGCCACGCAGAAAAGUCGCCGACCGUACUGGACCGGUGAAAACCCGGUCACGGAGUGGCUUGACAAGGGACUUCCCUGUUCCACGGAUUUUGUCCUGAAAUGGGAAUCCGAAUUUAUCAGUCGAGGCAUUGCAUUUGGACGAGCAGGUAUCUGGAGUAAAAAUGGAGAUGUGGCCCGAUCACAGAGCUCUCCAUCUUCGACGUCUGCGGAUGAUAUGCGUGAAUGGUGUCGGUUCCCAAAAAUACUUGAAUGGGGGUUUGUAAAUGCUGGACUGGCCACAUUUGAGACUCCAGGCCAGGUGGAUGUAGGGCUGAACACACUCGUUCCGUACAACAAAUAUCCGUCGACAGGUACAAACAGUCUCGAGGGAAUUGUCGCGGCCAAUCACCAUCCUAUGCCACUCCUUUCUCUCUUCCCAGAGAUAUCUCAGCUAGGACAUGGAGACCUGCUUGACUACUACAUACAAUAUGUAUGCCCCCGUACUACGGCGAGUUCCACAAUGUCUUCUCCAUUUGCCUCAGUGAUAUUGCCCUUUGGAUUAUCUGCCUCACCCACUUUAUUCAAGGCUAUUCAAGCUCUUAGCGCGUGUCACCGAUCUCGUGCCAAUCCGGCAUAUGGUGUUCUUGGACUUCGUUUGAAAUCGGAAACAUUGAAGGAUCUUCGUCAUAGGCUUUCCAGUGAAGGAUCCUUGACUUGUAGUGAAGACCCGGAGGUUUUGGUGAUUAUGAUGAUGCUCUGUCUCUACGAGAUUGUGGACAAAUGCGACCAGUACUGGACUAUUCAUCUAAAAGGGGCCAAGGAUCUCAUUCGGUUGCGGAGACAACGAGCUAUCGCACUCUCUCAACCAACGACGGCACCAGAUCCUGCCUCCGCAUUCGCAGAGCAUUUUUUUGCAUUCCAGGAUGUCAUGGGACGAACUGCCUGCGGCAAAGAGGCCCUGUUUGGCGGUGAUUACUGGCAGGCGGACGACCGAAAGAUUGACAUGUGGAUGGGAUGUAGUCCGGAGCUUGUCCUCAUUUUGUCCAACAUCACCGACUUGAGUCGUGCUCGACCGCAGUUUGAUUCUGACGCUAGUCAAGCUUCCUUUGUCCAACGUGCUUCUAUACUCGAAGAAAAGCUUCUACAUCUGGUCCAAGACGUGGGAGAUGGAGCUGGAGCCGUGGAAGAGAUGAUUGUUUUCGCUGCUGAAACAAAGCGACUGUCUGCGCUUCUGUAUUUGCAUUGCGCAGUCCUUGGCUCCUGCCCGACUACUCCUUUGGUGGUGGACUACGUUCGACAGAUCCUUGAGUUGAUCUCAGAACUAAUUGGCCGUGGAUAUCUGGCUAGCGCGUUUCUUUUUCCAAUAUUUGUGGCUGCAAUUGAGCUCGAUCCCUCGCGGGAUGAGAUCUGGUCCGACUCUGAUGGUGCUGUAUCCGGGCGAGCAACCGUCCUGCGAGCUCUGGAUGCAAUGACCGAGUCUACUAUUUCCAACGUAGCUCGUACACGAGCAGUGAUUGUACAGGUAUGGCAAGCGCGCGACCAGGAUCUGUUGAAGAGACGGAAAGAGUGCAACGACUGGGAAUGUUACGUUGUACCUGUCAGCGACGCCAUGAACCUUGCGUAA